AUGCUGCUCGCCGCCACCCUCGCGGCCACGCUCGCGGUGGCUGGUGGCUCGCGGUCCGUCCGCGCGCCUGCGCCUCGCUGCGCUGCGGCUGCGGCCUCCGAGACGCUGAGCCGGCACGAGCUGCGUGAGCGGCGGCGGCGAACGCGGCUUCUGGCGGCGGAGCUGAGUGCGCUCGAUGUGCAGGGGUCGGCUCCCGAGCGAGAGGAGAUUCGAGAGUCUUCAGUCUGCGUGGCACACGCGGAGACCGCUGUCCCGGCAGGUGUGCUCGAGGCGUGCUCGAUCCACGGCCUGGACCGGCAGCGGCUGCUCGCCUUCUCGCGGCUCGCCGCUCUCGAGCAGACGGCGCCCGCCCCCACCUCCGCCUCCGCCUCCUCGCCGGCCGACGGGGAUGCGGGCAGCGUCGGGGAUGCGGGCAGCGACCCUAACCCGCGCUGCGAGGGCGAGGGCGGCGGUGACACGCUCGAGCUCUCGGUGCCCGACUCGCUCGACGGCUCGCGCGUCGACGCUGCGCUCGCGGCGCUGCUGCCUCCCCUCUCUCGAAGCUACUUUGGCGGCCUCGCUGCCGACGGCCACGUCCUCGUCGGGGGCGGUCGGGUGAAGAAGGUGGCUGGGCGGGCGCUGCUGCGGCGGCUGCGGCGGAAGCGCUCGAGGCGGCCUGCGGCGCGCGUCUGCGCGGGCGACUCGCUGAAGGUGUGGCUGCGCGCGGAGCGGGAGCUGAGCUUGGUCUACCUCGCCGUCUGCGUCGGCGAGCCGCACAGCCGCGCAGUGAUCGACGCGCCGAUCGGCCGCCACACCACGGACCGCCUUCGGAUGGCGGUGCGGCGCGGCGACGGCGCAGACGCGCGCGAGGCGCUCUCGGUGCUCGGCGACCCGCUCUACGGCGACGCCAACUGGAACCGGCUCGAGGCGCGCACCGCUCGCAGGCCUCUCCUCCAUGCGAGGGAGCUCCGCCUCGCUCACCCGCACUCGGGCGAGUUGCUGCACGCCGUCGCGCCCGCGCCCGACGACCUCGCCGCCUAUGGCGCCCGCCUCGCCGGCGUGUCGCCCGAUCGGUUCGACGCGUGGGCGCGCGAGGCGACCGACGCCGUCCUCGCCGAAGCUCGAGAUAGUUUCGAGUACUGCUGA